AUGGCCGUGCCCAAGAUAGAGUACGAGGUAAUAGAGGUUGUCACUGUGCAUUAUGAUAACCAGGCUUUUGACGAGUACAACUCCAAGAUAGAAUUUCCAGAUGCUGUCAGGGAAAAAACGUUCGACUCAUGUAUUCGUGUGGCCGGCAUUUGUGACGAGCUAGUCUGCCUAGUGGAUGAUGCGGAUGAUCUUUUCGGUUACAAUUAUAACUUGUUCAUAUGGAACCCAUCCAUUAGAAAGUUCGUGACCCUUCCCGAGCCUGGUGUUAAAUUAAAUACCCAUGGCCAGUACAGUGCUUCGAUUGGAUUUGGUUUUGAUGCUACGACCAAUGACUAUAAGGUUGUACUAGUUGUCACUUUAACGCUCAUGCGUGGGUUACAAACUCUAGCGGAGGUUUAUUCCCUAGCCACGGGCACAUGGAGCAGUCUUGGUGUUGUUUCUCCUAGAUGUCUAAGGCUUGAAAAAGCUGCAAACAAUGUUUUUGUUAAUGGGGUUCUUCAUUGGUCUGUAAUCUGCUAUAAGACAAAUGAUUAUCAUCAUCCUUGUGAUUCUAUUUUGGCAUUUGACCUGGGCAAGGAGGUGUUCCAUGAGAUAUUUAUGCCCGAGGGUAUCAAAUGGAAUUCCGGGGUGUCAUCGCGUUUGUCUAUGUCAGGGGACAGAAAAGCUAUUGCUUUGUUCAAGGUGGAUAACAGGAAUGAAGAUUGUAUUCUUGAUAUAUGGGGUGAUGAAAGAGUAUGGCAGAACGGAGUCAUGGACGAAAUUGAUGACUCUCGGUCGACAAGGUCCAGAAAGACUUUUAUCACUCACACUGACGACAACACAAGGAAUGAACUAGCAUCACUAAACCUUGCGAGCAAACAGGUUAAAAAUCUGGGGAUUGAUGGAUAUCGAUGUUGCGACGUUGGUUUUUAUAAAGAGAGCCUCAUCUUACUUGACAAGACCGAUGCGGAGUCUUACUAA